CGCCGGCGCCCCGGCUCCGGGAUUUGGGGGUGGGGGGUGGGGACUGGGAACGAGCCAGUGGGGCUGCUGGAGGAAGAGAGCGGAGCCGGCCGCGGGAGGGAAGGAAAAGAAGGGGGAGGCGGCUUCGGCGGCGGCUCGGCCCGGUCCUCCCCACUCCGAGCUGGGCCACGUGCACUAGGCACCCCAGGGAGGGCGGCAAGCCUCGGCGAAGCGCUACGCGCGGCUUCCGAGGAGCAGCCCCGGGGCGCGGGCCCCCGCGGGGGAGACCCCGGCGGGCCCCGCCUCCGUACGCACGGACGCGCCCCAACUACUUGAGCCCAAGUUCGCUCAGGCCCCCGCCUCCAAGCCUCCCCCUCCUCUUUUCAGCCGGCGGGUUUGGCGAACCGCGCCCGCCCGGGGUGUGAGAGUCGGCGCCCCAGCCCGGGCCCCAGGGCGGCCAGGGUGUGAGGGAAUUUUCCAUUCGUUCCUUUCGCGGGCCCAGACCGGCUUAGUGUUUCUCCCACUCGGAUGUCCCCGCGGCUUAAAGAGUCCGCAGCUAGCACCGAAAUUUCUCUUCCAGGGCGGGUUUUCGGGUGUGUGUGUGUGUGUGUGUUGUGUGGGGAGGGUACGGGAUUAGCGUAAAGGGCCGAAAGAUCAGUUUUGAAAGAGAAAAAAACAACUUAUGGUUCUGUUGCACUGAUAUGAAACCUUUAACAAACGAGAGAGAGAGAGAGAGAGAGAAGGGAGAGCGAAGAAAAGAGGGAGGGAGAGAAGCAGGAGGAGGAAGGUGGGGGGCGGGGGGUGUGGAGAGGCUGGUGCAAAAGGAAUGCGCAUUUGCAGGAGGAGGAGUAAAGCGAUGAUUGUGUAAUUAAAUAAUAAAACAAUCCUUAAGUCUGAUUUGGAGAGAGCUCGAGCGGGGUCCGGAGGGUGGAACCGGUGAAUUUUUCAACUUACAAGUUUUGCAAGGAAAAAAAGCGACAGAGGGAAGGGGGAAAAGAGCCCAGAGCAGAAAGGAGUUUGGAGCCGAGCGGGAGAGCGGGAUUUAUCGUUUGGGAUUUUUCAGGAGCUUAUUCUGAUCCCCCUGGGCUCUGGGCAGCGGCAGCAGCAGCAGCCUUCUCACUCGGUCGGGUCAGACGCGGGGAGAGGCGGGCGGCCGGGCGGGCGAGAAGGAGCCGGCGCAAGCGGCGGCGGCUGCAGCCAGGGACCGCGCGCCGGGAGCCUCUUCCACCCGGGAGACCUGCGCUCACAUCCCCUCCCUCACCCAGGCCUCUCCCUUCUCCUCCACCCACCCCGCCCCCACCCCGGCCCUCUCCCGCGCGCGCCCCGCCACCCGCGCGCACUCGCUCACGCUCCCUCUCGCGCACACACAUGGUCGGCUCGCAGCAAAGUUUCGCUGCGAUCGCCAGUCGGGGAUCCUGCCGCAUAGCUUGGGGCUGUAACCUUGAACUUUCCUAGGGCGGUGACACAUUCUCUUCGCUCUUCCUCCCGCCCUCUCUCCCGCGCCCCCCUCCCCGCCUUUUUUAAAAAAGCAUUUCACCACCAACCACCACCCAAUCCAACCCGCAUCGAACCUUCGCGCACUGCCUAGCUCCCAACAACAUCAACAACUGCAAAACAGAAAACAAAUCCCCAAACCCAGGCGAAAAGCAACCCACACCAGCGGCGGCGGCUGCGGCUGCGGCGGCCUCGGCGAGCACCGCCAGCGCGCUCGAACUGCAAGAGGUCUAAAACUGUAGAUUGGAUUUCACCCCGGGAAAUCUAGCACGCCGAGUGAACCUGAAUCUUUGGCUAUUUAAGGAGGACUGGGUUUGCUGUGAAGUUGCGGUAAUCCAGCGCAGACCCCGUCCUGAUUGAUCGCAUCGCGGGGCUCAGAUGACUGUAAAAUGAAUAGAUGAAAUUCUUGCUUCUCGAAGAUUUUCUUGGGCAUCUCCGGGAAAGUGCGUUUUAAGGCGAAGUCAUGAUGUAUUCUCCCAUCUGUCUCACUCAGGAUGAAUUUCACCCAUUCAUUGAGGCACUUCUUCCACAUGUCCGUGCAAUUGCCUAUACUUGGUUCAACCUACAGGCUCGGAAACGCAAGUACUUUAAAAAGCAUGAGAAGCGAAUGUCAAAAGAUGAAGAAAGAGCAGUCAAAGAUGAGCUUCUCAGCGAAAAGCCUGAAAUCAAACAGAAGUGGGCAUCCAGGCUCCUGGCCAAACUGCGCAAAGAUAUCCGCCAAGAGUAUCGAGAGGACUUUGUGCUCACUGUGACUGGCAAGAAACACCCAUGCUGUGUUUUAUCCAAUCCUGACCAGAAGGGUAAGAUUAGGAGAAUCGACUGUCUGCGACAGGCAGACAAAGUCUGGCGUCUGGAUCUAGUCAUGGUGAUCCUGUUCAAAGGCAUCCCCUUGGAAAGUACCGAUGGAGAGCGGCUCAUGAAAUCCCCACAUUGCACAAACCCAGCACUUUGUGUCCAGCCACAUCAUAUCACAGUAUCAGUUAAGGAGCUUGAUUUGUUUUUGGCAUACUACGUGCAGGAGCAAGAUUCUGGACAAUCAGGAAGUCCAAGCCACAAUGAUCCUGCCAAGAAUCCUCCAGGAUACCUUGAAGAUAGUUUUGUAAAAUCUGGAGUCUUCAAUGUAUCAGAGCUUGUGAGAGUAUCCAGAACACCCAUAACCCAGGGAACUGGUGUCAACUUUCCAAUUGGAGAAAUCCCAAGCCAACCAUACUAUCAUGACAUGAACUCGGGGGUCAAUCUUCAGAGGUCGCUGUCUUCUCCACCAAGCAGCAAAAGACCCAAAACUAUAUCCAUAGAUGAAAAUAUGGAACCCAGUCCUACAGGAGACUUUUAUCCCUCUCCAAACUCACCAGCUGCUGGAAGUAGAACAUGGCAUGACAGAGAUCAAGAUAUGUCUUCUCCGACUACUAUGAAGAAGCCCGAAAAGCCAUUGUUCAGCUCUACAUCUCCACAGGAUUCUUCCCCAAGGUUGAGCACUUUCCCCCAGCACCACCAUCCCGGAAUACCUGGAGUUGCACACAGUGUCAUCUCAACUCGAACUCCACCUCCGCCCUCACCGCUGCCAUUUCCAACACAGGCUAUUCUUCCUCCAGCCCCGUCAAGCUACUUUUCUCAUCCAACAAUCAGAUAUCCUCCCCACCUGAAUCCUCAGGAUACUCUGAAGAACUAUGUACCUUCUUAUGACCCAUCCAGUCCGCAAACCAGCCAGCCUAACAGCAGUGGUCAAGUAGUAGGGAAAGUGCCUGGCCAUUUCACUCCUGUCUUGGCACCCUCUCCCCAUCCCAGUGCAGUGCGACCUGUGACCCUGACCAUGACAGAUACUAAACCCAUCACUACAUCCACUGAAGGUGAGGCAGCUUCACCUACAGCAACCACCUACACAGCCUCAGGCACAUCUCAAGCCAAUCGAUAUGUGGGACUAAGCCCAAGAGACCCAUCCUUCCUACAUCAGCAACAGCUGAGGAUUUGUGACUGGACCAUGAAUCAAAACGGCAGGCAUUUAUACCCCAGUACCAGUGAGGAUACAUUGGGAAUUACUUGGCAAAGUCCUGGUACCUGGGCUAGCUUGGUUCCAUUCCAAGUAUCAAACAGGACACCCAUCCUACAGGCAAAUGUCCAAAAUUACGGUUUGAACAUAAUUGGAGAACCUUUCCUUCAAGCAGAAACGAGCAACUGAGGGAAAAUGAAAUACAACAAUAUUUUAAGAAAUUUUUCAAAAAUGGAAAGAGGAGGACUGGACAAAACAAAACAAACAAAAAGGGAGAAUGGAAAGAAACUGAAGAAAGAAGAUAAUAGACCAGCAAUUGCAGCACUCACAAUCACUAAUUCCCUUAAGGUUGAAACUGUAAUGACAUAAAAAGGGUCGAUGAUAUUUCACUGAUGGUAGAUCGCAGCCCCUGCAAACGUAGCCUUUGUUACAUGAAGUCCGCUGGGAAAUAGAUGUUCUGUCUCUAUGACAAUAUAUUUUAACUGACUUUCUAGAUGCCUUAAUAUUUGCAUGAUAAGCUAGUUUUAUUGGUUUAGUAUUCUCGUUGUUUACGCAUGGAAUCACUCUUCCUGGUUAUUUCACCAACGAAGGCUAGGAGGCGGCAUCAGAGGUGCUGGGUGACAGAGCCAUGAGCCAGCCAUUUUAUAAGCACUCUGAUUUCUAAAAGUUAAAAAAUAUAUAUGAAAUCUCUGUAGCCUUUAGUUAUCAGUACAGAUUUAUUAAAUUUGGCCCUUAACCCAGCCUUUUCCAGUGUUUAACCCAGUUUGAAAUCUUAAAAAAAAAAAAAAAAGAAAAAAAAAAAAAAAAAAAAAAAAAAAAAAAAAACAGUUUGAACACAAAGGCUCUAUGGAAGAAAUGCCUCUAUGUAGGUGAAGUGUUAUCUCUGCAUGCAACAGUAAAAAUUAAUAUAAUAUUUUCCCCACAAAAAAUUUAACAGAGGCAAGUGCAAUUUAUAAAUUUAUAUCUAAAGGGGAAUCAUGAUUAUAAGUCCUUCAGCCCUUGGACUCUAAAUUGAGGGGAUUAAAAAAGGAUUUAAAAUAAUUUUGAAUGAAUUUAUUUUCCCCUCAGUUUUUGAGGGCAUGAAACAAGCAUUCAAUUAAGACAAAUCAUAUGCUUGAGGAAAAAAAUUAAUGAAAACAUAGCACUUACGUUGGUUUAGCUGCAGCCUCCUUGGAGGCCAAAUUUAUUUAUUUAAAAUUACUGGUUGCAUCAAAAGCCCAUAGGGUGUACAAAAGGUUCUAUAAAAUCUGCGUUAUAGAGACAGAGGCAGGCAAAUCCAUGUCACAAGGGUAAAGCUUACAGUUUACAAAUUGGAAACGCCAGGGUGUAGGAUAUAAAAACGCACUCUUGAGAAAACAAAUGUAAUCAGGGUGCUGAAAACUUGCAUGGUGCUUUCAGACAUUAGCCUUGUUCAACAAAUUUCUUGUAUUGACAGAUCUGUAGUGUGCAUGGGCAGACACAUUUUUGCCUCUAUGUCUCUUAAAAUUUUAAUUAAAAAUACUCUUUCCAGUAAUCCUAAUUUGCACGAAAAUAUAAUGUCCACAUUACGUGCCUUGCCUUGAAAUCUAAAAAACAGAAAGAAAAAAAACACAAAAAAAACAAAAAAGUGACAUCAGUACACUUGUUUUGCUGCAUUUAUUAUCAUUUUAAAUCUUUACCAUUUUUAUGACAAAAUAUUUUGUACUCCAGACGAAGAAAAAUGUGUUACAUCAUGGAUUUUUUAGACAGUUAUACCUUUAUCUCACAUUUAUAAAGCAUAUCAUGGCUGUGUAUAGUUGCCGCUUAAAAAUUGUAAUCGACCAGCAAUAUUUUCAGUAUUUUGGUGUUUUUUCUAUUAACCUUUCAUGUUUUUCAUCUUCCAAUUAAUAUUUGGGGGGAGGGGUUUCAAAUUUAUACGAAUUAUGCAAUACCACGUUUUGCCUAUGUAGGUAGUGCUUUUAGCUGUAUUGGUUAUUAUAGGUAAGUACACAGAUUUAAAAAAAAUAAUGUAUGCUUUUUUGUUUGUUUGUUUGUUUGUUUGUUUGUUUUAAUUGACCAAAGUGGGUACUGCUAUUUUUGCAGUGUGAUGAGGUCCUUUUGUGUACUGAGAGAUGGACAGGGGAUUUUUUUUAAUAUACAUAUAUAUAUAUUCUGGGGUGGGUGGGAGGAUUUUUAACACUUUACAGUGUAGCUGUGAAGCAGUGCACCCUGAGAUGGGCCUGGGCUGCAAAGCGACUGUUCUGCCUACUGUGACAAACUUCAACUUACACAGGUUCCCCUUCUCUAACUUCCCACCUGGGGUGCAAGCUGAACUCGUUUCUGGUUUUCAUGACAAUAGAAAUAGUUAAGAACAAGCGAACACAACAAAUUCUCCUGGAGGCAGACUUGGCUUAAAACAAACUGUCUUAUCUUUUUUUUUUUUUUCUUUUUCGGUGGUGGAAAUUUUUCUUGAGAGUUUCAGAUCCACAGUGGAGAGUGAGCCUUUCUCAUAUUUGGUAAAGUUAUUCAUUGGAAUAUCCGCAUAGCAGAUGUUUCACACUUUGGGGGUUGAAUAUGCGAGUAUACCUUCUCCUGCAAAACACAUCAUCCCAGCUGGAGGGAUUGCUCCCACAUUCUUUCCCCACUACAUCUCCCCAUUUCUUCAUUUCAUUAACAAUAGUAUGUGAUUUACCUGUGACUCACCACUUCAAAUGGAUGGCCCUGCGCUGGAAUUUUCUUUUUUCUAUAUCCAGAAGAUUAAACAGACGGUUGCUAUUAUUAAAUGUAUUUGGACUUACAGAUUAAAAUCAAAGUUCACUUUUUAAGGAACAAAAAGAUAAAUCUUGUUAAGUUUUAAUUUUAUCUGCCCUUUUAAACUGAGAAUCAGAGCAGAAGGGAAAUAGAGGAUUUUAAGAAAUCAAUGUUCCUGUGGAUGAUUAAGCCCAUUAACGCUGGAUGCUGAUGGGAUUUUUUUAAGGGAUGGUACCUCAAAUACAUAUUUGAUUUAGUUUCCCCUGAGGCACAGAGGGUGAGUAGAGACUGGUUUUAUUUUUAUUUUUGCUCUCCCCUGCAUCACCCCUGCCCCAAGUCCCACUGAGAGAAUUCAUUACUAGAAGGAAAAUCUUCCAGAAUUAGUGACACAUGGGGGCUGUCUUGAGGCUCCCCCUGACCCCCUUUCUCCAGGCCGUGGUUUAAUAAAAUAAACUGUCUGUUGUUCUCCCAGCAUAUCAUUUAAUAAUGAAUACUUCGGAACAGUGCUUAUGGUCCUGAGAAUUGUAUUUGAUUAGCCCAUUCAUUCUGAUAGCCCAGAUGCUGAAUAGCACAGCAGGAUCCAAGCAGCGUAAGGUCAAAAGUAAGUCCAGUCAUUUCUGUGAUACUUGCCCAGUAUCAUCUCAGCCACGUUCUUCAUGUAUAUUGGACCUAUUAGGUGAACACAUCAACCUCACAGGACACACAGUAUUUUUUAAGAGCAGACUUGCUCUCUUUUUUGCCAGUGAAUGAGCAGUUCUAGCUAAGUAAGUUACACACUGUGGGUAUUCCUGCCUGCCUCUUGAAUACAAAGGACUAGUUCAAGUGUUGCUAUUUUUUUUAAUCAUUUUUUUCUCCUUUCCUUUUGAGAUAAAACUAUUAAAAAUACUACUAUAUAUAUAGUCUCAAAUCCAUUUUUUGGCCUCCUCCUCUUCUACCAGGAAGUAUAUACUGACUAAGGGCCCCACGUUUGCAGGUCUUGCACGCCCCUCUCUUAUCCAAAACUGCAGAGCUUCAGGAUGGUGAAGGUCACCCAAGGACAUCAGUAGGGGGUGGUGUUUCCAGUCCCCAGUUCUGUGGCACUGGUCAGCUUUUGUUGCGCGUUGCUUUGCAGCCCACCACUCACAGUGCCUCUGAAGUGUUUCCUCUGGAGUGACGUGAGCAUUCGAGGCUUGUCUAAGGAAAAUGAAUAAAUAAAAGGCAGUGAAGGAGACUGUACAUAAAGACAUGGCAAAAAUCUUAAUUAUAGCAAUAUAGUUAUGGGGUAAUGUUCGGGUGGGCAGCUCCAUUUAAAAAAAAUAUGUGAAUGAAUCUGUGAAGCUGCAAGUAGCAAG